AUGUCACCUCCUUCUCUUUCUCUUCCUCCGUUGGCUUCAGCUGUCCGUUCGCAUGUUGAAUACAGCCUUGCCACCAUAGGAAUUGAUUUUCUUUCGAAAACAAUCUUCUUAGACGAUAGAACCGUUCGUUUACAGCUUUGGGACACUGCAGGCCAAGAGCGUUUCAGAUCCCUGAUACCCUCUUAUAUUAGAGAUUGCGAUGCUGCCAUAAUUGAUGUGAUUUCCGAACGCGGUACGAGAGUCAAGCUGUUUCUUGUCGGGUCAAAACAAGAUGCCAGUCCCAUAAGGUUGGCGGCUUUAUUUGGUGAAUUUUAUGUAGGGAAAACGAUUGCCGCAAAUUUACCUAUCACGUCUUCAUCAGCCGGCGCUAAUAGUAUGGAAAGCCCCUCUCGCCAUCAUAGUAUGGACCGUAAUUUAACCGCCUUAGCCAUCGAUAUGAUGAACAUAAAAUCGACAUCUAGCCUCUUGGACCCAGACUCCAAGGCAAGCUCCUCAAAGUGUUCGUGUUAG